UCAUGUUAUUAAUGUUUGAAAAAAUUUCAAAUUUUGAGGAGUGAGGGUCGAACACAACAUACAUAUAUUGAUAUUUUCUUAAAGUUAUGUAGCUGAUUUGACUUUUUAUAUAAGGUGCUACAAUAACCCAACACUCCUCGAUCUUUGAAAAGUGAAAAAGUCCCUUAUUUACACAGAUACAUUUUUUAAUAUGUAUGUGCGUUUCAUUAACAUAAACGAAACGGUUAUUACUUUUAUAUACAUAAAUCGCUUCAAAGACAACACUAUUCACUAUGGUAUUUUAAUAUUUAUUGAUUUGUAAAACAAAGUUGUGUCAUUUCACAUUCUAUUUGGUUCAUUUUUAUUGAGAAUUUUUCAAAUAUUUUUCUAAAAUACUAUUAAAAAAAAAAACAAUAAAAUCAUAAAAGAAAAUUAUUUAAAAUGGGUUCGCGACAAUUAUAUGCCUGUGAUUAUGAGGUAUUCGGUAAAGUUCAGCAUGUAUUUUUUCGCAAAUAUGCCGAAAAGAAAGCCAAAGAAUUGGGUCUACAUGGCUGGAUUAUGAAUACUCAAGAUGGCACAGUUAAAGGAACCAUUGAAGGAACACAAAACGAAUUGGGAAAUAUGAAAGACUGGUUGUCUACGAAGGGCAGUCCAAAAUCAAGUAUUGACAAGGCAAACUUUACAAAUUUGAGACCAAUUCAUACAUAUUCAUUUAAAACAUUCGAAAUAAAGAAAUAAGUAAUUAACUAGUAUAAUACUGAACUUGUUCUCAAUUGGAGUGGACUUAUUUAUUUUGUAUGAAAUUUUCAAUUUCGGAAUUUUUUUUUAAGAAAAUUUAUAGACCUGUGGAAUUAUUUAUCAUGUAUGACACUUUCAAUUUCGAAACUAUUUUUAUAGGAAAUUUUUAGAACCAUUAAAUGAAAUUAUUAAUCAAUUGUUAAACAAGAAUGUAAAGAAGGUUUUUUAAGCUCCGGUUCUCUAUUCACUUAUUUUAAUUUGGAAUUGUUAUUCUCGUUUCUAGAAGUAAUGGUGACAUCACUAAAUUUAAGAAUCUAAAUUAGGUUCCUGAAAUAGUUAUUUUUUGGAAUAAUUGUCGGUUCAUUCAGUUCUGGAAUCAGUUCCACCAACAAUUAUUUUUGUUCCAAAAAUGCAACUUUCGGUUUUUUAGAAAACAAUCAGAACAGGUUCUGUAAUUCUGUAGUUAUUUUCGAAUAAAUGUCCGUUCAUUCAGUUCUGGAAUCAUUUCCAUUAACAAUUAUUUUUGUUUCAAAAAUGCAACUUUAGGUUUUUUAGAUAACAAUCAGAUCAGGUUCGACACUGUAGCCAUAUAGUAGUAUGUAAGUGAAUCUGAUUAUCAAAGACCUAACUGUUGAGAAUGUAUUAGUAAUUUUUGUUUGACAACCGCUUCAGUUUCGCUUAUAUGUAUAUAUCACUGAAGCGUUAUAAAUUCGAUUUCUGUUCGAUAUUAUCAUCCUCAGAAUGAUGCAGAGCAUGGUUUAAUAAGUAAAUCACUAGUUUCAAGACCCUGAACUCCUUCUAGUGUUAAAACUAUAUCUCGUUUAUGAAUAAUCAGUUUUUUUAUCGAACGUUCCAGAGAACGGUUAAUAGAAAUGUGUCGAUAUCACUACUUAACAAAGUUGCUAUUCAAGAAUUAAUCAUACCUUUCAUAGCACCUAAUCAUACCUAUUUCAGCACUUAUUUCGAAACGAAAAAACUAACAUCCUCUGAAUUUCCGAUUAAAUUUGGAAAUUUUUUAAUUUAAUUUUAAGAAAUUUAAGUUUCAAGAAAAUAAACUUAUUUUUAAGUUCAUAUUUAAUAAAAUCGGAAAUCCAACUUUAUAUAACCUUAACAAAUCUUUAAAAUUUAGCUUAUUUCAAUUACGAAUUCAUUUUAAUAAAUACUACAUUUUAUUUUACUUUCUAUUC